CUCUGCACGCAUUCCCUUAUAAAUCCUCGAUACACGGCUUCAUUAAAGGGAAAUAAGGAGUAGAAUGGGGCUCUCCAACCAUCUCCACGACGUCUCCGGCGACUCCAUCCCUCUCCUCCUCCUCGCCGCGGCCGCCGCCUCCAUAGCCUACCUCCGCUCCCUCCUCCUCCGCCUCCUCCCCCUCUCCCUCUCCUCCUCCCCCGCCGACGCCGACGCCGACCCCGAGCCGUCCGUCGGAUCCGGACUCGCCGGCCUCGUCGUCCUCGCCGACCACCUCGCCUCCAACCGGUCCUUCGCCUUCGCCUCCCGCUCGUCGGGAGGGGAGGGCCGGCGGGCGGAGUGCGCGGUGUGCCUCUGCGGCCUGGCCGACGGGGACCGCGUCCGGCGCCUCCCCUGCCGCCACGUCUUCCACGGUGAGUGCCUCGAAGGCUGGUUCCACCACCUGAACCUCACCUGCCCGCUGUGCCGCUCCGAGCUGGCCGCGCCGGAGGUUCGCGCUGCUGCCGACCGCCGGAUCGGGGCCGAGCUCGUCGCCUGGCUCUCCCACCACUGAUCAUUUGUGGUCGCUGUUGCUGUUAAAUAUCUUAUCAUAUAAAAACCCUCUCUUUGCCCUUUUUUAAAGCUUGAGUUGCAGCCUCGAUUGCUCCAAGAUGUGAAGAACAUACAAGCUUUUGGACUGACAACUUCUUGGACUUGCUUUCACCGAUUCCAUUCGACACGCAAAGUUCCCAACUACUUGGCCGAGGAAAACCAGAGAAGGGCGAGUCACAAACAGAUCAAGUGGGAUGUCAAAGUUCAUUUUCUUCGGUCAAAGGAUGCGGGGCACAAUUUUGACCAAAUGGCAAAUGUAGUACAAAGACGCGAUUCAUUUGAGGGAACCACAUUUAUUUGCGUAUCGAGUUAAGGGAAGGUCGUCGUCGUGCUCUCGAAUGGUUUCUAGUCCUGUAGAAGAUGACGGCACGCAGGGAGACUGUCUUCACAGGCUUGGCCGUGGGGAGGAGGAGAAGGGCUUGGGAGGCAUGCGCAAGUCAUUCACGUCGCCUUCCGCCACACGGCUCAUGGAGGGGCGAUCGCAUGACUUCAUCUGAAUGCACCAGAGCCCAACCAUGUAUAGUUUUCUCUCCAUCUAAUCGAUCUCCAUGCUCCCAUCCAAUCUUGGCCCUCUUGGCCGUUCCUCUACGACGAGCUGGUCGUAGAUCCAUGAAGGAUAGUAGAUCUGGCUGGAGUUGUCCGCCUUUGGAUCCACGUUUCUCCUUCCUCCGGCCAUCUCCAUCAGCAGCAUGCCGAAGCUGUAAACAUCUGACUUGUGAGCUAUGACCCCGAAGCUCCUAGAUGUCAGUUCAGGCGCUAAGCAUCCUACCGUGCCUCUCGCCCCGCUGAUGGAUAUCAGGCUGUAGUCCUUCGGAUUCCAAAAUCCGAGAUCUUGGGAGUGAAAGCGUGACCGAGGAGGAUGUUGUGGGGCUUGAUGUCGAAGUGCACGAUCCGCAUGUCGCACCCAUGGUGAAGGUAGUCGAUGCCCCUGUUCACACCCAGGGCUAUUUCAUGGAGCUUCUCCAUGGUGAACCGAAGAUGGUUGCUGCUGCUUGCAGAGAAGAUGUGCUUGUCGAGUGAGCCGCCGGGCAUGUCCUCGUAGACCAGCGCUCUCUUGGAUCCAUCGGAGCAACAGCCGAGAAGCCGCACCACGUUCAAGUGGUAAAUCCUACCAAUGGUGGUGACCUCGUUGAUGAACUCCUCUCCGUCGACCUUGGAGCCGCCCAGCAUCUUAACAGCGACCGGGUACCGGCCGAGGAUAUGCCCUUCGAAGACGGAACCGAAGCCGCCUUGGCCUAUUUUUUCUCUGAAGUGGCUUGUCAUGGCGAUGAUGUCGCUAUAAGCAUACCGUGUCGGCGACAGAGAUUGCUCGUUCCGCAGAAACUUCUCUGCCGACUCGACGGGUGCUCUCAUUUUCCAAGCGUUGUGAAUACACCAACAGGUGAUUGGUAGACGAUCAGAGUCUAUGAUCUACCAAUUAAUGUAGAACCAAUAGAAUCCUACCUAGUAAACAAAGAGCUACGUCGAAUGAAACGAUGAAGACCAGUGCUAUACUGAAGAUAGUGUGGGUGUGGUUGCGAUCCCUCGCCUCGCAGAAGAUGCAAUUUAGAAAAUUCAUCGCAAAAAAUAUGGAAUUUAGAAUCUUAAUGUAAAUUGGGUUGAUGCCAUGUAUAUCAUCA